GUUGUUAUGUCAUAAAUCGUUACAGAUUUUUUAUCCAAAUACUAGGUUGAAUGAUUAAGCUGUCGCCAAGCCGACGACGGUACUAACGUUAGCUGGAGUCUCGACAUCAUUCUGGUUGGAUGCGCGAUCGAGCCCGAUGGGGGGACGGACUGUCUUGUCGUCGUCGCCUUGUGAUUCUUCUGGUGUGACUGCCUUCGCUUGGAUUUCGCUGGCGUCGUCCAGCUGGUUGUUGCUGCUGUCGUCGACAUAAGCUUCGCCUUGCAGCUUGUCACUUUUGAGCAUCCUCAUGAACUGCUGGAAUUCCCGCAUCGUGGGAAACACCAUGCCGUCCAACACAGGGUUGCCGUGGUGGAACGCUUCGCCAUUGACCGUGAAGAUGUAUUUUUCCACGUUGGCUUGCAUGCGAAGCGGUCCAUCGGCCGCUUGGAUGCGUCUAUGCAUCAUGUGCUUGUCACAGGCCACGUACAGCACAUGCACUACAGCCAUCGCGGGCAAAUGGGACGUGCUGAACGACAGGGUUCGCUCGCCGCCUUCCACGUUGACGAAUUGGUCAAACACGGCUUCUUCCUGCAAUGUCUCGAUGGAGUCGUUCUCGUGAUAGAUGAGCUGGACGUAACCCGCCACACCGCUGCAUUUCACGUGCAACAGUUCGCCCAGUUCAUGUGUGUCGCGCUGCCAGUCGUGGAGGAUUUGAACUUCACAAGGCGUAAUCAAGGCCUCAGGAACGGAAUCACCAUCGACGCAUUGUUGCAUGUAGAUGCGCACAAAGUGAUCGCGCUUGCUCCUUGGUAAGUAGUCGAUGGGGGAAAGGCCGUUGAUAUCCCGAGAACUUUUGGCGCCGGCAGCGAGGAGAUACGGCAGUACAAAAGUCUUAUGGGAUGCAAACACGUGGUGCAGAAUUGUCCACUGCGUGGUCGGAUCCGUUGCAUUGACGUCGACCCCAUGCUUGAGGAACAGCUCCAGGAUGCAUUGCAGGCGUUGACAUGUCGUCGACACAUAGCAGCACGCAUGGAACGCCUUGAUCACAUCCGUCGGUUCGGGUGACGCUUGGAGCGCCUUUUGAAUAUCAUUGAUGUCUUCGAACGAUGUGACGCUAUCGAGGACGCUCGAGCUGUUGCCCAUGGCGUGGAAUUUCCAAAAUGCGACGAAAAUGGAAAGUCUGGACUGCACGAC